CACACCAUGGAACUAGAAUAAGCGGACGAGCUCAUUGGUCAGCAGUCGCUCAGUCGAAACGUGCGGUUAACGUUGCUAAACGACAUAGGUAAAUAACGUUAAAUGUUGUAUGCUUUAAUAUAAGAAUGCAUUCGACGUUAGUGGGGUUUUAAAAAACUGCAGCACUGUAGUUACCUUGCUAGAUAUACGAUGACACGUUUAUUAAGUGAUACGUUGGGUUGGAAUGCUAGCAUGCUAAAUUAGCCGCUUAUCGAUAACGUUCACCGGCAAUUUCCAAACAAAUAAGGUUAAACCUCUUCUGGAAACCCCUUAUGUGGUUUAAAAUAAACGUCUUUACUAAAAUGAGUCUCCGAAAGCAGACACCAAGUGAUUUCCUGAAGCAGAUCAUUGGGAGGCCAGUGGUGGUGAAACUGAACUCUGGUGUCGAUUACAGAGGAGUCCUGGCCUGCCUUGACGGCUACAUGAAUAUUGCGGUGGAACAGACAGAGGAAUAUGUCAACGGCCAACUGAAGAACAAGUAUGGAGAUGCAUUUCUCAGAGGAAACAAUGUGUUAUACAUCAGCACCCAGAAGAGGAAGAUGUGAAGCUGCUUUACUUAUUUCUUCAUGCGUUGUUAGAGAAGUCAAUUGUUUACUGUUAAUAUUCAUAAAUCCUUUGUUAGCUGAUGAUGAUGUCUAAGUUUGUUAAAUGUUUUGUAACACACAUUUGCUGUCCUGCAGAACGAAGCAGUAGCAUUUGUUUUCCAACAAUAAAUUGUGUUCAUGUUUCCCUGA